CACUAGUUCUUCUCCUCUGAUAGCCUUGCUCUGUGAUUCAGUGGAAUAUAACCCUGUAGAUGCUCAGAUCACCUCAGGCCCAGGAAGCCUCUUUCUCUAUGCAAAAAGCAAAAUUCUGUCAGAGACACUGCUUCUGGGGGAAAGAAAGUUGUAGGCUUCUAGUAAAUUUGGAUGAAAGAAAAUGCAGAAGGAGACACAAAAAGCAACUGCAAUUUCAAAUCCUGGUGUUGCUACACGUGGAAGCUCACUUGGGCAGCCUCCUGGUCCUGGCCACAUGCAUAACUGCAUUCAGUAAUGAGUGCACUUUCAAAUUUGAGGAAGAACGUCUGAACAAUUCCCAUUAUGUUUGCAGGGAUGAUAAUGGAAAGAUCCGCAUAAGGAACACAAAGUGGAUGACCGAUAACUGUGAGAGGUGUACUUGUGAACCAGGUGGAAUUAAAUGCUGCAAAACUUACUGUGUGCUCCAGGGGGAGUUCUCAGCUUCUCUCAUUUUCCUCAUUGUGAGGUGGUCAUCAUCAGGUGGAUGUGAGAACCCAAUGAGAUUUACAGAGUUCAUAUACCUGAGUACUACGACAAAGUCAAAUGCCAAGCCACCUUCCACAAGGAGAAGUGUGUCUACACUGUGGUGGAACGCAAUAACCCAGAAAAGCAUUGUCCAGUCCAUGCCUGGUCGAUGUAGUGUUCUCCUGUGGGUCCAGUAUUCCCAAAGCCAGCUUCCUCCUCCUGUGACCUCUAACAGUCUGCAAUUGUGUAUUCCUACCUGGCAGUAA